AAUGUAAAAAUAUUAGGCAGCAAUUAUAGGCAAAAAAUCCAAUCAACCUGAUAUAAAUUGGACUGAUUUUAAUUGGCCUCCUAUUAUUAAGAUCUUUCAUUUCGAUUUGAGUGAAUUAUAAGAUCCGUAUAAAUCAUUAGCACGACUUCUUUAUAUUUCAUAUCUAUUAAUAUUUGGCACAACAUGUUUGAAUCUAUUGGAUAGCUUUAUUUAAGCAGGAGUAGGAUAUCCUAAAAUCAGAAUAUUAUAUGGAUUCCUCAACAUCUUCAUAUUUAACGGAAUUCAAAUGUACAUAUUUUAUAGAGGAUACAAAGGAUUAUGUGCUGAUUAAUCUUUAUUAAAAUGGUACAAGAUUUUACAUGUAAUCUAUUAAAAAUAAUUUAAGUUGGUGGCUGGAAUUUUAUGGUUAAUAGUAAGUAUAAUUGAUGCUUUGGGUUGGAAUGGAUUUGUAAGAGCAGCAUAUUUUGGAGAUCAAGGUGAAGGAGGAUUAGUAUUCCUAUCAAUAAUGGAAAGUUUAGGAUUUUUAUUUAGUUUCAUUUUAGCACCUAUCUGUAUUUAUAAAGUCCAUACAUUUGUGUUUGACAAUAUAGAAAUGACAGAUAAAUUGUGA